AUGGGAUGGCCGUCCCCUCCCCUCGUCCUGCUGUGUCUGCUGGGCCAGUGCUGGGCCGCCUGCCGCCUCUCCCAAUUCGCCUGCGACAACGGACGCUGUGUCGAGUCUGGAAGGUUCUGCGACGGCAACGACGACUGUGGAGACUUGAGCGACGAACCGCCCGCCUGCACAAAUUGUAACCGAACUUUUUUUGCGGAGGCGAAUGUAAAGACACCUUUACGCAUGACGACUCCCUUCCAGAGACCCCUACCUUAUGUCUGCAAUAUGAAUUUCGUUGCGGCGGGCGGUCAGUAUGGUGACAUUGUCCAGCUGACAUUCCUUUCUUUUCAAAUAGGAACUCUUGAGCAGGAUGAAAGUCUCUCUCCAGCCUGUUUGAAAGGAUAUCUGCAAAUCAUAGAGCCACCAGCAAUGACAAGUGCUUUGCGAAGUCAGCAAACGAGGGGCUUCUCCCAGCUUAUGUCUGCUUUGAAAGAACCCACGGAGCAAUUGUCUUCCCUCUUCGACACCACAAGGGGGACUCCGGAAUUCGGUCGUUUGUGCGGCGAUAUGAUUGGCAAAAGUGCAACCUUUUACACCGAGGGCAACAAUGUCACAUUACGUGUCGUCAUACCAGGAAAAACUGCCCUACAUCCUUUUUCAUUCAGUGUUUAUCUAACGUACAAAUAUUUAUCCAAAGACAUGAUAUCACAACCGACUGGAUCACAAACGUCGCAACCAACUGUGCAACAUGAACAGCAACAGCAUCAUCAACAGCAGCAGCAGCCACAGCAGCAGCAGCAUCCAGCCGCUGUCAACACACCAGUGCUCAUAAGCAACAGCAACUAUUACGGGACGAGGCUUAUGAACACUUAUUGUGACAGAGUACUUGUUAAUUGUGAUCGCAAGCGUUGUUCAAUUCGAUCGCCUAAUUUCCCAGGAUUUUAUUUAAGAAACAUUACUUGCCAUUUUUGGGUAAGACAGGAUCACGUGCCACACGGCAAGCAUGCGAAUAUUGUGCUAUCACAGACUAACGAAUACAAGAUAUCGCUUUACACUGGAAGGUCAAGUCCCAUGUCGUUCCCUCAUGUGUCUUUAACGGAAGAAUGCCAUAGUGACGUCAUCAGGAUAUUUGAUGGACCUAGCACGACAUCACCACUUUUGAUUGAGUUUUGUGGAGCUGGAAAUCUUCCUGAAGUGAUAUCAAGUAGCCCUGAAGUUUUAGUGCAGUUAUAUAGUGCACCAAACCAAGUGAUGCACAACUCAUAUGCAGAACUUAAUGUUGAAGUGCGCUUUUCUGACACCAUGGACUACAGAGCGCACAACGGACGAUGUGACUUUACCAUUGACGGCUCGAAAAGACGCCAUGGACUUGUAUAUAAUCCUAGGCAUACUGUUCCUCGAAACACAACUUGUUCCUUUCGGCUACAGGGAGAAAGUGCCCAUGAUCGCGUGUGGUACUACUUCUUGUCAUAUUUUGUUGAAGACAGACAUCCGUGGUCAAGAAGAGAAACUUGCGAAGUAGGAAAAUUAGAAAUUUAUGAGCUAGGCAGUAGUUCUAGGAAAAGAGACGCAGCGGCUCUGCUUGUCACUGGUGAUUUAGAUGAAGACACGGCAGAAAGAAUGUCUGUGGAAAGAAGGAAUGAUGAGCCUUCUUAUAAGUUCUGUGAAAAGACUUCACCGAAAGUGUGUGCGCGCGCGGGAGAAAACACAGAUUAUGUCCCAGUCCGUCCAUGUAAGGUUCCCCACGAAAGCUACUUGUCACGUGGUCCGGGUUUAGUCAUCCGGCAUAAUGUUUAUACAACACCCGAAUUAUCAUCAACUUCCAGCAGUUCGUUCACUCUGCGAUAUGAGUUUGUGGAUAUGAGGCAGCAUGGUAUACCCGUUGCUGGAAGUCCAUCUUCUUGCAAUCGUCGAUUCGACAGUCGUACGAACCAUAUCGGUACUGUCUCAUCCCCUAAGAACAUUUUCCUGUUCGGUAGGGGUGGUUCAGAUAACAUUUCGUGUUCUUACGAAUUCAUUGGACUGCCCAGUGAACGUGUUGUCUUGACAUUCACGGAUAUACGACUGCAGUCCUCAAACUGCGAACACUUCUACGAUUCUGUGGUUCAAAGACAUACGUGCAAAGUUUAUAGAAACACGGGAGGUGUUUUGCGAACAGCUGUGAUUAACGUUGUGGAGAAAACAACGGGGCACGUGCAAUCUCCUCUUGCAUGUUUUUGUGAUUUGAGAUCGCAGCCGAGACGACCACUUGUUAUUGAAUCAGUGACAAAUCAUGUGUUUGUGUCGUUUUCAGUGAGUGGAAUGACUCCUUUUGAUGACUUCAAACAAUUUGGAUUUGAAGCUGUGUAUGAGUUUUUGCCUAUUUCAUUAUGCGAAGCAAAUAUUCGGCGCAAGAAUGGAUCCAGUGAAGGUGAAGUUUUACACUGA